ACAAGGUGAGGUGAUUAGGGUAUUUCAGGAGGGUGGGACUGGACAGUCUAACAAGAUCGGGGUGAGAGGAACAUAACAUCUCCUGGCCCACCUCCCCCCUUUUUCCCUUUGUGGAAUAAAGUCGCACGAGUUGACAAGAGCGGCUGGCAGAAGUGGCCGAGGCACGGAGAGCGAGGGAGCAAAGCAAGGGAAGGACGAAGCUCAGAUGGGGUUAGACUGACUGAUCAUUCCAUUCUACAGCAUUUUUUGCCCCUCAGAUCUACCAUGGAUCUGACUUGCCAUCGGAGCCUGAACGCCAGUGCUGGGAAUAUCUGGGAAUAUUCUGGAUUUGUCGUGUGAUCUGGAAAUCCUUCUUUUUCAUUGGUCAGGAUGCCCUCUGUGUCUCUGUCUCUGCCCUCUGCUCUUGCUGGACGGGCAAAGACAUGGGUCUGCCUAUCCUGCAUGUUUUGGCCCGACGAGCUGGAGGGGGUCCACACACACUCCUUCAAGUUGAAGCCAUUCAAGAAGGCCAAGAGCUGUGAUAUAUGCAAGCAGGCCAUCACAAAGGAGGGUCUCAUCUGCAAAGCUUGUCAGCUGUCCUGCCAUAAAAAAUGUGAAGUAAAGGUCACCACGGCGUGUCAAACGAGCACCAACUAUGAGCUUCCCCCCACUCCUCAGCUGCCGUUAAAGCAUGUAGACACUCCGGGGUCAGCCAGGUCCUGCAAGAGUGCUGAAAUAAAGCGAAAGCAGUCACGGAGUCAGAGUAUGGUCCAGGACAUGGAGGAGAGCUAUGAAGUUGACCUGGUCUACAUCACAGAGAGGAUCAUCUCCUUCUCUUUCCCUGCCACUGCCGAGGAGCGCGGCUACACCGUCCACCUGAAGGAGGUGGCAGCCAUGCUGCGCUCCAAACAUGGCGAACACUACCUGGUGCUCAACCUGAGCGAGCUGAGGAACGACCUAGCAACAUUAAACCCCAAGGUGCUGGAGUUCGGCUGGCCAGACCACCACGCACCGCCGCUGGACAAGAUCUGCAGCAUGUGCAAGGCCAUCGACACAUGGCUCAAUGGCGACCCACACAACGUUGUCGUGCUUCACAACAAAGGAAACCGAGGUCGGACAGGGGUGGUAGUGGCUGCCUACAUGCACUACAGCAACAUAUCGGCAAGUGCUGACCAGGCCUUGGACAGGUUCGCCAUGAGGCGUUUCUAUGAGGACAAAGCACUUCCAAUGGGUCAGCCGUCGCAGAGAAGGUAUGUGAAAUACUUCAACGGCCUUUUGUCUGGCCACAUAAAAAUCAACAACAAGCCUCUGUUCCUGCAUCAUGUCAUCAUGCAUGGAAUUCCCAACUUUGAAUCCAAAGGAGGCUGCCGUCCAUUCCUGAAGAUCUACCAGGCGAUGCAGCCAGUCUAUACGUCAGGAAUAUACAAUGUACAGGGAGACGGCAACACCAGCAUUUGUAUCACCAUUGAGCCAGGCCUCCUGCUAAAGGGCGACAUCCUGCUCAAGUGUUACCACAAGCGCUACAGAAACCCCACCAGGGAUGUUGUGUUCAGGGUGCAGUUCCACACGUGCGCCAUCCAUGAUCUCGGAGUGGUGUUUGGGAAGAGCGAGUUGGACGAGACAUUCAAAGAUGACAGGUUCCCUGAGUAUGGGAAGGUGGAGUUCGUCUUUUCAUACGGUCCACAGAAAAUCAAAGGUCUAAGCCAUCUGGAGAAUGGGCCUAGCGUCUGUGUGGACUACAACACUCAGGAUCCUCUGAUCCGUUGGGACUCGUAUGAGAACCUCAGUCAUCGCUCUGAGGGGGCCGCGGAUAACCAACACGAUGUUGUUCACAGUCAAGGUCCACUUGAUGGAAGCCUGUACGCACAGGUCCGAAAGAAAGACUCCCUGGAGGGAGUGGUCACCAUCAACGGCCUCCCGGUGCAUGGAGACCCCCUGACAGCCACACAGAAUCUAUUGCAGCACCCAAACCACCCCCUUCAACCAACAGAGCAUACCCUUCCUGUAACAGGCCACGCCUCUCUCCCUGCCGUCGACCACACUCUGUCUGUAAGCAGCGACUCGGGAAACUCCACAGCCUCCAUCAAGACCGACCGUACAGAGGAUCACAGUCAGUCUCUGCAGGGGGGAUCAAGCCACGACAACCCAGCAGCAAGCCACCUGACCCUCAGCCCCCAGGAGAAGAGAGAAUUAGAUCAGCUUCUGUGUGGACUUGAGGUGCCUGUUCAUCAACGGCAAGUUUAUCUGUCUACUUCAACCAGUCCGGGAGCGGGUGUCCGGCACCUGGUCCCCGCACAGGUGCAUGUCAACGGGGGCCACACCAGGUUAAUUGGGGGCACUUCCGCAGAAGAGCGUGAGACAGAUAUUCUUGAUGACGAGCUUCCCAAUAGCCAAGAGGGUAAUAGUGUGGACAGUUUGGGCACACUCUCAUCCUUAGAGGGCCAGGCCACACCAGCUGACCUCUACUACCAGUCACAAGGCCCUGUCAGCAGUCAGAACGACAGCCCCUACCUUGAAAGAGGUGUUCUCAGCGAUAAGUUGAGUGAGAUCCCUGUGCACGGAAUACAGACACCCACUGCAAUGCAGGAGUGCAGUGCCUCUGUGUUGCCAUCGGGGGCAUAUAAUAACUUCCAAAAUGAGAGCGGAAUGUAUCGCUCACAGUCCUUUGGUAACCCACCUACUAGCAGUCAUGAAUCCAACCCUAAACUAAUGCCCAGGGCCCCUGAGAGGAGCACCAGUAGCCGGGAGGCUGUUCAGAGAGGUCUCAGUGCAUGGCACCAGUACAGCCUCCCAGAUGAUCCUUUUGGCCCACCGCUCCAGUCCACCCAUAGCUUGCCACAUUUUCCAUCUUCAGCUUCUCAAAGGGACAUUGAGCAGUCUAUUGAAGCCCUCAACAUGCUCAUGCUCGACUUAGACCCGAUCAACCCCCACAUGUCCAAGUCACACAGUGCUCCACCUGGGGAAAAUACCUUUAAUUCAUCACCGGUGCCCUUCUCCCAGACACUUACAAGGCCAUCGUACCAGGCAGACUCAGCCAUCCAUGGCUACAGCACCUCUGCGUCAUUCAAUAAUACUUUCCAUCAGCCAGAAUGCAUGUCUGGGAGAAUUUUUCCCAACCAGAGCCCUCUUUUGGAGUCUCCAGUACAUUCUCCUCAAAGGCCCAGUCCCACUUUCCAACACCAAAACACCACCCCAACACACACACCCGAGCCCUAUGUUCACGCACGUCAAGUACUGCACCAGCUCCCCUCGGAUCCAUCCACAAAUGUCCAUCCCUCGUUGAAGCCUCUGAACUCGUACAUGGUCGGCACAGUGUCCAACUCUCCGGAUCUACAGGGCUCUUCUCCCUUUCUGGGCUGUAGUGAGUCCUCCUCUCCACUUCCUGCUCUCACCCCUCAACCUAAGGACACUUCAUCUUCCUCUUUGGCCCGAGAGCCGGAUGCUGAGGAAGAGGCGUUUAACCUAGAGGGCCUGGUGGCUCACCGCAUUGCUGAGUACAACGCUCGUAUCCGGGGCAUCAGUGAAAGCAUAACACCGCAACAAUCUGACCGCCAUCGCUCCUAUUCUUUCUCUGGGGUACGCUCCAGGGGAAUGACCCCGGAGGUAAACCAGGAGACGGGUCGGCGUCGGACCACCAGUGAGGGUCAGUACCAGAGCGGCCAUGACAACAGGCCGGAUGGCCAUUCACCAGAUUUCAGCAACAGUCUGCCCCACAAACCUGGAGGAAGAGCCAGAGAGGGUACAGUGCACAGCCACCGGGAGGCAGUUGAGAACAAUGAUAGGUUUGCCAGCAACAGUCCUGCUUUACGAGACUGUGUUCGCUCCCCACCAAGCUGGAUGUCAUCAGCAGGAAUGAAGCCUAAUCAAAAGUUUGCAUCAGACUGUCAGACUGUUUCUAAUCAUGGAGAACAAGAUAAUCGAGGUUUUGUGGAAUUUAGAGCACAACAGUUCAGCGGACCUCUCACCUGCAACAGUCCUGUACACAGCCCCGAAGGAAGGAGACAUGGUUCUUCCGACCACAGCCCAGCACCAUUUUACCCGCAAGCACACGCCUCCCCAGAUGGCUCCCAGGUGAACAUCAUGGGUGUCCACACUGUCCCUGGUAGCCCCAACACCCUCCACCGCACAGUGGCCACCAACACACCCCCAAGCCCUGCCCUCCAAAGGCGCUUGGGCCAAGCCAGUCCCUCACCGGUCAGACACACCCCUCCAGCAGGCGGGAGCCGGGAUAGCAUCCCCUCCAGCCCCUUGACUGGCCGAAACCCCAAAACAAGCAGUGCAAGUUUGCCCCCCGCCAGCCCCCUGAUGGGACGGCGAGCUAUAGCGGGCGGCCACAGUACCCCUGAUGAGAUGGGGGCCACGUCUCGUCAGGCACAGCCGCCUUCCACACCCGCCUUCCCCGUCUCCCCCCAGCUGCCAGUGAAGAGGCACGCGAGCAGUGGGGACACAGAGAGGAUGGACAGCAAGAACCCAGCAGCUGAGGCUGGAGGGUCAAACUUGACUGGGACUUACCCAGACACCUCCAAGUCCAUCUAUGAUGGUUAUCCAGAUAUCAAGAUGAAUGUUAAGUUUGUCCAAGACACGUCCAAGUUCUGGUACAAGCCCGACAUCUCCCGAGAGCAAGCCAUUAACGUGCUGAAGGACAGGGAGCCCGGCGCCUUCGUCAUCAGGGACAGCCACUCCUUCCGUGGGGCUUACGGUCUUGCCUUGAAGGUGGCCUGUCCACCACCAACAGUACAACAAAGCAAAAAAGUUGCCGAUCUGACCAGCGAGCUGGUGAGACACUUCCUGAUUGAAACUAGUCCCAAAGGUGUCCGCCUGAAGGGUUGUCCCAAUGAGCCCUACUUUGGUUGUCUCUCUGCACUGGUUUACCAACACUCCAUGACUCCUUUGGCGCUGCCCUGCAAGCUCAUGAUCCCCACCAAAGACCCAAAUGAAGAGGCGCUGGAGCUGGCCACACCCACCGACCCAGUUGUGGAGCUUCUCAAGCAAGGAACAGUUCAGAAGGUUCCGGAGGAGUCUCACGCGUCAAAUGUGCUCUACAUAAACUCUGUGGACAUGGAGUCCUUGACUGGCCCUCAAGCCAUUGCCAAGGCCAUCAGUCAGACGCUGGCGACCAAUCCUCUGCCCACCGCUACCGUCGUCCACUGUAAAGUGUCUCUGCAGGGUGUCAUGCUUACAGACAGUCAAAGGAAGAUCUUCUUCAGGCGGCAUUAUCCACUAAGCACCAUAACCUACUGUGACACCGAUCCCCAGGACAGAAGGUGGGGCCAAGAGAGUGGUGGUUCUCUCCGGCUUUUUGGCUUUGUGGCAAGGAAACAAGGAAGCACAACAGACAAUGUCAGCCACCUGCUUGCUGAGCUGGACCCUGACCAGCCGGCCUCAACCAUAGUCAGCUUUGUCUCCAAAAUGAUGAGGCGGUGAAACCUACGGCUGGAUAGCGGCUUUUUUUUUCUUUUUUCUUUUUUUGUCUUUUUUUAAAUCCAUCGUUUUGGUGUCUUUUUCUCUCUGGGGUUUGCCAAUCUCCUCUUAUUUUUUUAACUUAAUUAAUUUAUAUAUAUUUUUCUGCCUUUCUGGUUUGGCGUGUUGCAAAUGUCUUUUUGCAAAAGGCAUUGUGAACUUGCAAGAGGAUGUGCCAAUGUGGGGCUGAAAAUAGAGGUCGCUGGACUUAAAAAUGUGAAGAUGAGAGCAGAUGGAACUUGGGGAAGUUACAUGUGAGGAUGUGGGGCUCGGAUGUUUCAGGGUGUUUUCUUGUUUCUCUUGAUUGAUUUACCAAAGGUAGACGCAAUACAAGUGCAAGAAUGACGUAGUGAUUAAGCCAUUCUUAUUAUUUCCUCCUUUAAAAGAUGUACCUAUGAACACACACAAAAAAGAAAAGAAGUACUAUCUUCUUGACAUUGUCUUCAGGAAAAGAAAAAAAAAGUUGGCCUUGAUGGCUUUUGGCAAAACAUUGUCUGAAGACCUUAUGCAUGUUAGCUUGAACUUUAAGCUCAGUUCUCCUACCUUCCACUAGUACAUGUGGAGCCCUUAGCUUGGGAUUUUCUGGUUCUGCUGUGUGUUAGAAAGGGCUCUGCAGUGAAAAGGCAACUGAUCUAAACUGCACAUUGCAGACCAGACUCCCAAAAAAAAGAAAAGAAAAACGACACACACACAUAAACACUAAGCUCCGUACACGUGCGUUUUCAUCGACCCCCUCCUUCCUUGCAAGAUGCUUUACUGCAAGCAACUGGUGACUUUGGCAGAUUGUCCACAGGGUAGAGCCACCCAGUCAGGCUUGCACCAGGGCGCUUGUCACAGAAUAACACUGGAAAGCACCUCCAGGAAACGAAACCUGGACCUAUGCACUGUUCUUUCUGCAUGCUGUUACUCCUUCAUAGCAGUAUUCCCUGAAAACAUUCUAUGCUGUGUGCCCUCUUAGACACUGAGGCCGUUUGACUUGUCAAAGACCGCAUGAAGUAGACUUUUUUUUUUUAAUGCUCCUCAGAGUACUCAACAAGAUGUAGACACCCCAUUUUUAAAGUAGUCAAAUGAUGGUGAUACGCUAUAUUUCGUAUUUUAAUUCUUGGUCUUGGCUACCUUUUGAGUGUACCCAGGGGUCUCUGUUGUUUCCACUGUGUUGUCACAAAACACAUUUUAGAUACUUUUAGCAGAGAAAAUACAACAUGAGCAUUCACACUGUGCACAGUUGCGCACAUGCAAACAUCUACAACAAGAGGAUAGCUAUAUAUGUACAUAGAUGAACUACUUUGAAAGGUGACUUAGCGAAAAGUAUUUAUUUUUGUUGCUUUGGUCCCUCAUGAGUAAUCAUUAUGCAUAUAUUGUACAGUCUCGAUAAAGAAAUGGGUUUGGAAAAAAAAUGUAUAAUUAUUUUGGCUAAUGAUUUUAAAGUCUGAGGAUUUUGAAAUAUGUUUGAAUAUCUGGUGUACAUUACUUUGUACAUGUAUCCGUUUUGGCUCGUCUUGUUUGUCAUCUUGGCAAAAGCAGUGUAGCGGAGUUGCAUGGACAGAAGAGUGUGAACAAGAGUUUGUUGGCUGCAAACAUUUUGAACAGAUUAUAGUCGAUAGAACAUUGGAGAUUAAAACAAAAAGAUAAGGGUAAAGAGGCCAAGCUCAAAUGCAAUAGAAAAACAAUGUGUGCCCAUGACAGUUAUGAUUUUUGCCAAAGAGUCACAUGAGCUGCUUUUUAUGUCUUGCUUCCAUUUUACAUGCAAAAAUGUUACACAGGGAGGUCUACAUUUAUGCACUGAGACAUUACUGACGUUUCUUUUAAACAUAUGUCCAGAGCAAAAAGAUGCCUGCUGUGUACAUGAAACACUUAACCUAACAGAGCAGCAGAGAAUGAGAGGAAUUCCACAUGCAAAAAGCUCUUCCAAGGCUUCAUAUCAUCAGACCUCCCGAAUGCCAAUGAUUUAUUUAUUCUUUUUUUGUUCUGUCAAAGACAUCUUGUUCCAUUGUGUUGUAUGGAAGCAGAGCAGUGCAGCAUGCUUCUGUCCAAGAAAGCGUUUUUAUAAAAGAACUAAAGUGUCCAUAGUUGUCUGAAAUGUAUUAAUGUGAAAAAAAGACACUCUGAUUGUGUUUGUGCUUAUCAUCGUCAUUCGAUCAUUAUGGCUUACCUAACGAGGGGAAACAAAACAUUAAAGCAAUACAAAUCUG